AUGGGGAAGUCUUCCAGGAAGGACCUGAAGCACCUCACAGCCGUCAUUUCAGGUCUGGGGCGCAGCCUGCGCUGGCCCGAUGCCUUGCGGCUCUUCAGGAGAAGCAGAGGCCGCGGCGACACCGCCCUCUCCAACUCGCUGAUCAGGGCACUUGGAGAAGGAGGUUGCUGGGAACAGGCGCAGCAAGUUUUUGCAGAAAUGCAGAGGGACACUCUGCCGGGUCCCGACAUCAUCAGCAUCACCAGCUUGAUCACUGCAUGCGAAAGAGGCCGUCGCUGGCAGUAUGCUGUCGGGAUGGUGGCAAACGAACUGAGAAAAGGAGGCAACUUUGCAGGACCCGCCCUCCUGAGCAGCUUGCUCAGUGCCUGCGCGGCGUGCCAUCAGUGGGAGCAGGUCCUGGCAGGCCUGCAAGAGAUGCGCUGCCGGGAGUGGACGCCGUCCCCUGUGGCCCUGUCGGCUGCGCUGGCCGCCUGCUCGCGUGCCCUGCAGUGGCAAACUGCUUUGGAGCUCCACCGAACACACAAAGAUGGAGGACCGGCCAACGAGGCGGUGUAUGGGGCGGUUGUUCACGCCGCGGGGUGCGGCCACCAAUGGCAGACUGCCCUGCUUCUGCAGCGGGAGAUGCUGUCCCUGUCUUGCCGGCCAAACACCGUGGUCAACAACUCGCUCCUCAGCUCCCUCGCGAAGCUCGGAUACUGGCAGCUGGCCAUGCGCGUCUUUGAAGAGAUGGGCCCAUGUCAGCCUGAUGUCAUCUCUUUCAAUAGCACCAUCUCCGCCUGUGAGCGCGGAUGGAUGUGGACCGCAGCGCUCCAGCUCUUCGCUCGGAUGCGCAAGGACAGGGUGAAGAUCACGAGCGUCAGCUGCAAUGCGCUCCUCUCAGCCUUAGAGAAGGGCCAGCAGUGGUCGCAGGCCAUCAGCUUUCUAGACCGCAUUCAGCGGCGGCGCCUGCAUAACCAGGUCUCCUACAACUGUGCGGCCUCGGCUUGCGGGAAGGCCCUGCGCUGGCGCCGGGCGCUGUUGCUCCAGGGGCCCAAGCCCGAUGCCGUGGCCGUGGCCGUGUCUAUCAGUGCCUGCGAGAAGGGCCUGGCAUGGAUGCUCGCCCUCAGCCUCUUGGGCUCCGCGAGGAGCAGUGGCAUGGCGGAUGUGGCCAGCUACAUCGCCGCCAUGGGCGCCGCUGAGAAGGCUCAGCGGUGGCCGCACGCCUUGCUGGUGCUGCAGCAGAUGAGGCAAAGCCAACUGCGCUGGGAUGCCGCUUCCCUCAGUGCAGCAGUGAAAGCCAGCGGGCGCAGCCUACGCUGGUCGCUGGCGCUUCAUGUUCUUCGAACAGGGGAUGCCGAGCUGCAGGAGGCGCCAGAAGCUGCAGAUAUGGCUUUUUGUGCCGCAGUUGGGGCGUGCGGCGGCUGUGGACAGUGGGAGCUGGCGCUGCACCUGAUGGCGGAGUUGGCCGAGCGAGGGUUUUGCGCCAAUGAAGCAGCGUGGGGUGCGGCUUUGGAUGGCUUCCAAAGAGCCCGUCAAUGGCAGAGGGCUCUUGUCGCUGUUCUCCAAUACGACACCGGCCCGGUGGGUGGCAUGGCUGCUGCGAUAGCCUCCGAAAGAAGUGCCGGGCCUCUGAGCGCAACUUCCACCCGAAGGCUGCUGGCGCGGCAGCUUCGGAAAGUGCUGCUCAACGGCGAGCUUUGGCCUCCCGGCCUUCGCAAGGCCUCCGAGGCUUCGGAGGUGACACCGACGAUGCCAGGCUCCGAGCGAAUGUGCUCUGUGGCAGUCAUCGCCAGCAGCGAAGAGUUCCAGGAAGGCCGCUUGGCGGUGGUGGCCACCAAGCAUGCCUACUGGCCGCUCCUCGUGAGGCUAAUGGCAUGCCGAAGGUUUCCGGGCACCGACAAUUCACAGGUAACACAUGAUGCCUGGCUGCGCCUUGCAGAUGGCUUGGGGCCACAGAGCAAGACGGCCCUGACGGAGCUGGGCCUUCGGUGA